AUGAAUGAUACACGAACUGUGUUCUCUGAUUCAACCGAUAUGAUCAGUGGGAGCAGCGGUAUAUCAUCGACACCCGCCGCCAAUGAAUUUGAGCCUCCCCUUCUUCUUUCCGAUGUUUCCGCCCUCGAUCGUCUAUCGGAAACCCUAGAAUCUAUCUUACUAGAACCCGCAAAUUCCUUUGCUGACGCCAAAAUUAUCCUUUCCGGUGGCCGGGAAAUCCCCGUCCAUAGGUGCAUCCUGUCGGGGAGGAGCCCCUUUUUCAAGAAUAAAUUUGGUGACAGUUCCAUUAAGGACAAGAAUCGCAAUGUGAAAUUGGAGAUGAAGGAAUUAGCUAGUGAUUACGAAAUCGGAUUCGAAUCUUUAAUUGGUGUAUUGAAGUAUAUGUAUACUGCUUGCCGACCUGCCGUUGAUUUCAUGGUGGAGGUGAUGUAUGCCUUUCACAUUUUCCAGAUCCCAGAAAUGGUUACUCUCUGGCAGACGCGGAUACUCAACAUUCUUGACAAAGCUUCCGUGGAUGACAUUCUAGUAAUUCUAUCGGUUGCAAACACAUGUGGAAUAUCAUGCAACCAACUUCUUUCCAAAUCCAUCGAAAUUCUAGUCAAAUCAAACGUUGACUUUGUCACUCUCGACAAAGCAUUACCCGAACAAAUAGUCAGACAAAUAAUCGAUUCCCGUUUUGCCCUUGGUUUAGACAAGCCCGGAAGCAGUAGUUUCCCGGACAAACACAUAAAACGUGUCCACCGAGCUCUCGAUUCAGACGAUGUUGAAUUAGUCACAAUGCUAUUACGAGAAGGCCAUACAUCUUUAGAUAACUCUUGUGCCUUACAUUACGCAGUUGCAUACGCGGAUGCUAAAACAACAACCGAGUUGCUUGAUUUGUCACUUGCGGAUGUCAAUUUUAGAAAUUCGAGGGGUUUUACAGUGUUACAUGUAGCGGCAAUGAGAAAAGAGCCGAAUAUAAUUGUGUCGCUUCUUACCAAGGGCGCACGCCCGGCGGAUCUUACCCCGGAGGGUAAAAAAGCACUUGAGAUUUCAAAAAGACUUACGAGGGCGGUUGACUAUUAUAAGUCAACCGAGGAAGGGAAAGAGUGUGGGAAAGGGAGAUUGUGUAUUGAGAUAUUGGAACAAGCGGAAAGAAGGAAUCCUUUGUUGGGAGAGGCUUCGGCUUCUCUUGCUAUGGCUGGAGAUGAUUUAAGGGUGAGAUUGUUAUAUCUUGAAAAUAGAGUUGCACUGGCUAGUUUACUAUUUCCAAUGGAAGCUAAGGUUGCAAUGGAGAUUGCUCAAGUUGAGGGCACUUCUGAAUUCACAUUAGAAAGUGUAUAUUCUCAGAAUUUAGCAAAUGCACAAAGAUCAGUGGAUUUAAAUGAUGCACCUUUUUUGAUUAAAGAGGAACAUCUUAUUAGAUUAAGAGCACUUUCUAAAACAGUGGAACUUGGGAAACGUUUCUUUCCAAGAUGUUCGGAAGUACUAAAUAAGAUAGUUGAUCCGGAAGCACAUAAAUGGAAAAACACGCCGGAAGAACGAGAAUUAAAGAAGCAAAAAUAUUUGAAUGUUCAAGAAACUUUAAAUAAAGCUUUUACUGAGGAUAAAGAAGAAUUUGACAAGUCAUACACAAUAUCUUCUUCAUCUUCAUCCACAUCUGGAGUUGUAAAUCCACACACUACUCCAUUUACAUUCCAAAAAUAGCAACUCUAUUACGAUAUAAGUGUAAUACUGUAUCAUGGUAGUCACAAAUUCAACUCUUGUUACUUGUAAAAUUUAUUUGUUAUUGUGACCAUUUUUAGGUUACAUUUUUAUAAAUAAGAGUUUUUGUAGAUUGACUCAAUCCUUCAUUGAUUAGCUUAG